GGCUAAUUGCUAUGGACAACCAUCCCUUGAAAAUUCUUCUACAAUUGCACCUUGCUUCAGAUACUCAUGCUGUUCUUCAUCUGCCCUAUGUUCUCACCACUCUGAAUGCCGAAGCAUUGCAACCUUCAGCUCAUACGCAAAAGUGGAUAACUCGUAUAUACUCCCUGCUGCACUCCAAGGACGCCUCUGUCAGAUGGGCCGGACUUUGCAUCGCUCUGAGAACGUCCGUUAACUCUCGACCUGUGAUGAUAAAAUGCGCUCAAAGUUGGAUCACAGCGACUCUACCUGUGCUCUUAAAAAAUGAGGCUCCCGCUGCCCUAAAAGCGACCAUACGUCUCUUGAGAUUUAUUUUCGCUGAAGCCGUGAACUACCCGGAAUUUCAACGUCAAGUGGCGACGCCAAAUGUCCCGAAGCUCAGUUUAGCUCUCGUACCAUUGGCUGAGAAGACAGACAACGAAGAGGUUCAAGUGCUCGUUCUCGAGACUUUAACGCACUUAGUGCCACUCUAUCCUACCCUUCAUCGAGCUCUUCUCCAGUCGCUAUCGAACCUAGCCCUUCGCUUCCUCAAUGGCUCUGCGCCGAGGCCGACGCCAACUCCUCUCUUGCACUCAGCUUCUUCCUUAUACUCCGUCCUGCAUCACACUAGUGGCAAGGUCGGCGCUGGAAACCAGUGGAAAAAAUCGUUGGAUGAUACACUCUCCUUCGCUUGGGGUGCCUUGCAAAAUCUCCGGACUACAUUUACGAAUGCUGGUACGCAAGACCCGCCGAUUUCUGUUGCUUUGCAUCUCGACAGGCUGAAGGUUGCAGUCACGGUCCUCUGUGAUCUCAUGCAAACUUCGAAUUUACGGCCGGUCUUGCUGCCUGUUGGAUCGUUAGCGAAGCUCUGUGUCGCACUAUUGUCUCGUACCACGGAGGAGCAGGUCGAAGGGUACAUAGACCCUAUCAUCCACAGUCUAGAAAUUUCUGUUGUACCUCAUAUCUGGGAGUUUGGUUGUUGCCUCACGGAGGGACUGGCGAAAUGUGCACAGAUACACCUGACACCCCACCUACCGCAGAUACUGCUCUAUAUCGCCAGGCACUUGGAAGGAGAUUAUACGCCCGCAAGACGCAUCCGUUUCUUGCGCGCAGCCUCAGCUUUGCUUGGACAUUGCCCAGCGCUCAAUGACCCUACACUUCCUUCAAGGCUAGCGCGCGCAGUAUUGCCUUCGUUGGCCACUCUGCUGGCAUCUCCGUCACAUGCCCAACGAGAUGACGGCAUCAAUGCCUCAGGUGCAAAGAGUCGGAAGGGCAAGAAGAGGGCCCGUGGCUAUGAAGGUGACGAAGUAUUCAGGAAACAAGAAAUUGUUUGCCCAAAUAGGGAGGAUGGGGAAGUCGUGCUUGCUGCCCUGGACGUAUUCCAACGCCUUGUCCAGAGUGCUACACUGAACCCCGCCGUGCAGUCCAUCAUCGGCCGGGUCCUUCUUGCUUUGUAUAUCUCCCUUCCACAAAUCCCACCCAGCCUGUUCUCUCUGAAUUUGAGUUUAUAUGGCCAAGUCUAUGAGGCUGUACAGCGCAUCUGCAUCGAAAUUGGAAUAGGGACUACCAGUACGAUGAGCAAGAGUCUUAGCCUAUUUAUCGGAAAUUCAUUUCGAGGGUUUAAACCUGCGGGCGUCUUACGGGAUAUCGACCUGAUGCUACACCCCCGCGUACCGCCAUUAAUCAGGGUUCUCCCACAUGUCGAGAUCCUGUCGCUUUUCCGUGCGGAAGAGGGCCAGGAAGAGAAAGAUGCAAGGCGAGAUUUGGGUCUGAUUAGCAACGAAGAGGCACAGCCCGCAGCAAGCGACACAACCCCAAGCGCCACACCAAUCGCCGCAGAUACCGUGGACGUUAACGCCACUACCGAUGCUGCGCCUCCGGUAAUUCCCCGAACGGCGCAAUCAAGUCUUGUAAAAACCCCACCUCCGCCUGCGUUAGUUGCGGCGGCACAGUCAGCGAUGGACGCCACAUCAACAAAUGUGACAUCGGCCGUGAUGCCCUCGAUUAACACACAGACGGCCUCCAUGGUAGCGCUCCAGGCGACUGAGCCUCGCUUCUCGGGGUCUUCAACGCUUCCUCCCUCUCCGGGCCCGCUUCCGCCUUCGUCCAAAAUUAGCCCAUUUGUCUCUGCACCCCAGGUCUUGUCGAUGACACCGGCUCAGCUGCCCACUGUGCCUGUGACGAUGCAGAUUAGUGAAGAAGAUGAAAAUGAGCCCAUGCCUGCUAUCAACCUCAGCUCGGAUUCGGAAGAGGAGUAGAGCUCUGUAGGCAAGAUGGGGCCGUGAUAGUAGCGCAGAGAGGUUUGCCGUCGUUAAUGUAGCCUGCUGCUGGCAGAUAUGCUACGUGCGUAUACGCUUGACUCGCUCACUCGAGCCGCUAUCCAGCGCUAUGUCUUCGUCAUUCGAGAUCGCAGUGUCGUAAUCUUCGGUGGGGACACUUAACCGGGGGAUCUGUGAGAA